AUGGUUAUAAAAGGUACAAAAACCCUGGAUAGUGAAGAUUAUAACCCUUAUGAACACCGGCAAGUGGUUAAGCCAAACUCAGACAUUAGAUCUUUAGCGAACCUAUUAAAAGCUUCGCUAGGGUCUGGCCUACUUGCUAUGCCCUUAGCAUUUUCAAAUUCGGGCUGGUUAAUGGGAAUUAUCGGCACUAUUGUUAUAGCAUUUAUAUGUGGACAUUGCGUACACAUAUUCGUUAAAACGUCACGAGGGUGUUGUCGGUUAGAACGCAAACCUUUACUAAGCUAUUCAGAAACAUGCUACUCGGCAUUUGCGAAUGGUCCCAAAUUCAUGCGCACAUUUGCAAACUUUGCUAAAAUGUUUGCAGAAUUUUCUUUGUUCUUUACAUACAUCGGUGUGUGUUGUAUAUUUACUGUACUAAUAGCUACUUCAAUCAAACAGCUCUUGGACACUUACGUCUCAACUGUUAUUUUAUCUGUGGAGUUUUAUUGCUUAAUUCUACUAGUUCCCCUAUGUUUAAUGGUUCAGAUCAGGCACCUUAAAUGGCUAGCACCGUUUUCGUUGUUGGCAAAUAUUAUGCUAUUUGCUACGUUUGCUAUCUGCCUGUAUUACAUAUUUGGAGAAAAAUUAACCUUCACUGACAAGGUUGCUGUUGGACACUUCUCAAGAUUUCCUGCAUUUUUGUCAACUGUUAUCUUCGCAAUGGAAGGCAUAGGAGUUGUGAUGCCCGUGGAGAAUACAAUGAAGAAACCUCAACACUUUCUGGGUUGUCCAAGCGUAUUAGUCAUUGCCAUGACCACUGUGAUGAUGCUUUACACUAUCCUGGGCUUGUUUGGUUACUUCAGAUACGGCGAUACCCUCAGAGGAACUAUUACAUUGAAUUUACCUAUGGAUGACUGGCCAGCCAUUUGUGCCAAAAUAUUUAUCUCAGUGUCUAUUCUCUUCACCUACCCUCUUCACUUCUUCGUCGUCAUCGAUAUAUUCACGAGGUACUCGGAGCCUUAUAUCAAAGAAAAGUAUCGUAAUAUUGCACAAGUUGGUGUAAGGGCUUUUGUUGUUUGUUUUUGCGGUGGUGUGGGCGUAGCAUUGCCCUACUUAGAGCAAAUAAUAGAUUUGGUGGGCGCACUUUUCUAUUCCACACUAGGCCUCAUCAUACCAGGAAUCAUUGAAACUGUGUUUCGCUGGGAUGACCUUGGCAAAUAUAAUUGGGUUCUUUACAAAAACAUAUUAAUCGUGUUAUUCGGCAUGUUGAGUUUAGUCAGUGGUUCAGCUGUCACUAUAAUGGAUAUCAUAAAACUUGUCAAAUCUGGGUCAGAGUAA